UCUAAUACCGACAUCAUAUAAAUAUCUGCUUAUUUAUGGCCCUAUAUAUAUCUGUGUCUCAAAACCACAGAUAACACAUAAACUAAACUAAAAUAACCAAAUAUGGAGAAGAAAUUUGUUGGGCUUGUACUUUUGAUUGUUCUCGUUUUGCUUGCUUCUGAUAUGUGCAUGGUUGAAGUUGAGGCUGACACAUGCACUAAACCAAGCAAGUACUUCAAAGGUGUUUGUGGUGGUAACGGAGCCUGCAGGAAUGCCUGCAGUCGGGAGAGUUGGCCAAGUGGAAGGUGUGUUGGUCCUGGAGGCUUAAUUUUUCAAAAAUGCCAAUGUGAAAGGCCUUGCUAAGCGUUACAACUCCUGAUUCUACUACUAUCUACUAUAUGCAUUAAAAAUUACUCCAUCAUAUAUAUAUAUAUAUAUAUGAAGCAAUAUUUCAAGUGUUACUGUAUUAAGGAUAUUAAAGGUUAAAUAUGCGACACUUGUAGUUUAUAUUCAGCUGUUAUAACUUUUACUACUAAAUAAAAUGUUAUGUUUUUUGUUUUUUAGUAGUAA